AGGAUUUUUGUCUGGUGAAAAGAGAAUCCAAUCCAACCAAAGCAACACAACACAACGCUUCCUCCUCCUCUCCCCUCGAAUCGAUCCCCUCCAAACCCGCCGCCUUCGCCGUGGACCUCCUAUCCCCAUCCCCACCGGCGUUCUUGUCUCCUCUAGCCUCACCGUCGACCUCCCGCCCCGCCCUGCAUCCCGUCGCCGGUGCCCCCACCCUCUCCCCUCUCCGUCUCUUCCUAGGAGGGAGCGAGGCCUCAGAUCCACAGGCCGUGGCAACCACCGCCACCGCGUCCUACUCCUUCCACCCCACCUAGCCGCCCUCCGCCUCCACAGCUCUCCGUCCCUCCGUCCCUCCUCGCGCCCGCAGCCAUGUCGGAGAUGCUGCUGCUGCACGGGCUGACGGGGAAGAACAAGCAGGCGUGGAAGGAGGGCAAGUUCCGCGGCACGGCGGUGCUGGUCAAGAGCGGCAUGCUCGACCUCGGCGACUUCAACUCAUCCGUCCUCGACGGCGUCCACAAGAUCCUCGACGGCCAAGGACGAUGGCGUCUCCUUCCAUCUCGUCAGCGCCACCACACCCAACCCUCGGAGAUGAAAUCAACGAUGGCAGGGGAGUCAGUUUUUCCGGGUCACGUUUGAGUGGUCGAACGACUCACAGGGCAUCACCAGCGCCAUUCCGAGUUCUUCCUCAAGACGCCCACCCUCGACGGCGUUCUCGCAACAAGAGUUCUCGCGUGUGUUUCAGUUUGCCUCUGGCAUUCUCGCGACAAUCUGUACUAGCUGCCAUCUGUAUUGAUUUCAGUU